GCACGUCGGUCCUCCUACGCGGCCACCUCGGGGAAGACUAGAGCGCUCCGCCGGGCGCCGCCGCGCACCGCCGGGUCGUCAAGAGCCGGGUCGCCUGCGACUGCGCAGAUUUAUCUAAUUGCCCAACGACCACUGAUGAAGAUAGGUUGGAGUAACUGCUGAAACUGAAUUUUAUUGACCAGAAGACAGUCCAUUUGUUUCACUUCUUUUUGUUUUCCCUACUGCUUUGAGCUUUACUGUAACGGCUGAAAAACUUGGAAAAUAAAAUGAACAUGCUGUGGUCUUGAACUUUUUUUUUUUGAGGAAAAAUUAAAGUGCCAGAGUGAAAGCCAGAAUGGCAUCCAGAGAGAGACUCUUUGAACUUUGGAUGCUUUAUUGUGCGAAGAAAGAUCCAGAUUACCUGAAGCUGUGGUUGGACAAUUUUGUUUCUAACUAUGAACAAUUCUUAGAUGUUGACUUUGAAAAGCUGCCUACCAGGGUAGAUGAUGUGCCUCCAGGAAUAUCUCUGCUUCCUGAUAAUAUUCUGCAGGUUCUGAGGACCCAGCUUCUGCACUGUGUUCAGAAAAUGGCAGAUGGGUUAGAGGAAGAACAACAAGCCUUGUCAAUUUUGCUUAUCAAGUUCUUCAUUGUUCUUUGCAGAAAUCUAUCUAACGUAGAAGAAAUUGGGACUUGCUCAUAUAUCAAUCAUGUUAUCACUAUGACAACACUCUAUAUUCAACAAUUAAAAAGCAAAAAAAAAGAGAAGGAAUUGGCAGAUCAGACAUCUAUCGAAGAAUUUGUGAUCCAUGCAUUGGCAUUUUGUGAAAGUUUAUAUGACCCAUAUCGGAAUUGGAGGCAUAGAAUUUCAGGACGAAUCCUUAGUACUGUGGAAAAGAGCAGACAGAAAUAUAAACCAGCUUCUCUCACAGUGGAGUUUGUCCCUUUCUUUUAUCAAUGUUUUCAAGAAAGUGAGCAUCUCAAGGAAAGUCUUAAGUGUUGCUUAUUGCAUCUCUUUGGAGCCAUUGUAGCUGGUGGGCAGAGGAAUGCUUUGCAAGCAAUUUCUCCAGCCACCAUGGAGGUUCUCAUGAGAGUUUUGGCCGAUUGCGAUUCUUGGGAGGAAGGAAAUCCUGAAGAAGUGGGUAGGAAGGUAGAACUUACUCUGAAGUGCCUUACAGAGGUGGUACAUAUCCUUCUCACUAGCAGCUCUGAUCAGCGUCAAGUGGAAACCAGCACUAUUUUGGAGAACUAUUUUAAAUUGCUAAAUUCAGAUCAUUCAGCUUUACCUAAUCAAAGGAGGUCCAGACUGUGGGAAAGCCGGUUCAUAGCUCUACAGAUCAAAAUGCUGAAUACCAUUACAGCCAUGUUAGACUGCAGAGAUAGGCCUGUUCUUCAGGCUAUUUUUCUUAACAGUAAUUGCUUUGAACAUCUCAUACGACUGCUACAGAACUGCAAGCUAUUUUUAAAUGCUAACAGUAAGGUGGCAGACAAGAACGAGAAAGACCUUGCCAACAAAUUACUGACAGAAAUGAAUGAGGACCAGGUGUUUCAGGUACAGUUGGAUUGUUUGGCUGUGUCAACCAUUCAGGCUUUGACAGCAGUAAUGAACAAAUCUCCAGCUGCUAAGGAAGUAUUUAAAGAAAGAAUUGGUUAUACACAUAUGUUUGAAGUAUUAAAAUCACUGGGUCAGCCACCCCUGGAACUACUUAAAGAACUUAUGAAUAUGGCUGUAGAGGGUGAUCACACUUCAGUUGGAAUUUUGGGCAUUAGUAAUGUCCAGCCUCUCUUGCUUCUUAUCCAGUGGCUUCCAGAGCUAGAAUCCCAUGACCUGCAAAUCUUCAUCUCUGAUUGGCUGAAAAGAAUUUGUUGUAUUAAUAGGCAAAGUCGAACUACUUGUGUCAAUGCAAACAUGGGAAUUAGAAUCAUUGAAACCCUUAAUUCCCAUUCUUCCCUCCAUCGAACUUGUGCUGAGAACUUGAUUGCACUCCAUGGUUCAUUGGGGAGUCAGUCAGUGAGCUCAGAAGAAAUCCGUCAACUACUAAGAUUGUUGAGAGUGGAUGAAUCCGAGUACAUUCACCCCUAUACCACUCUUGUAACUCGAGCAAUCCUGACAAUGGCCCGAAAACAAAGUCUAGAGAGUGCACUGCAGUAUUUUAAUUUGUCACAUAGUAUGGCAGGAAUUUCUGUGCCUUCCAUACAGAAAUGGCCAGGGUCUGCCUUUUCUUUCAACGCUUGGUUUUGCUUAGAUCAGGAUCAGUUGACUCUUGGCAAUGCUAACAAAGGAGGAAAAAGAAAACAAUUAUACAGCUUUUUUACAGGAAGUGGCAUGGGUUUUGAAGCUUUUAUUACCCAUUCAGGUAUGUUGGUUGUGGCAGUGUGCACGAAAAGAGAAUAUGCAACAGUUAUGCUUCCUGACCACAGUUUCUGUGAUUCCCUCUGGCACAACAUAACCAUUGUUCACAUGCCUGGAAAAAGGCCCUUUGGUCAGAGCCUUGUAUAUAUCUAUGACAAUGGACAGCAGAAGGUCUCUGCCCCUCUGAGAUUUCCUGCCACGAAUGAACCUUUUAUUUCUUGCUGCAUUGGUUCAGCUGGGCAAAGAACCACCACUCCUCCACCAUCCCAAAUCCCAGAUCCACCUUUUUCUUCUCCCAUUACCCCUCAUCGAACAUCAUUUGGUGGAAUUUUGUCAUCAGCUUCCUGGGGAGGAACAAUGGAAAAAUCAAAGUUGAUUACCAAAUUGAUAUCAGCUGGAACACAAGACAGUGAAUGGGGCUGUCCCACAUCUCUGGAGGGUCAGCUGGGGUCUGUUAUCAUCUUCUAUGAAGCACUGCAGCCUCUUCAGGUGAAGGCAUUAUAUUUAGCAGGUCCAAACUGUUUAAGCCCUUGGAAGUUUCAAGAGUCUGACAUGGCUGACCUGCCUGGUAACAUCCUUCUUCACUACACUGCAAAGGCCUGCAAAAAUUCAAUCUGUCUUGAUUUAUCUACUAAUUGUUUGCAUGGAAGGUUAACAGGAAACAAAGUAGUAAACUGGGACAUUAAGGACAGCAUAAACUGCAUAGGUGGAGUAAAUGUACUUUUUCCUCUAAUGGAACAAAUCAGCCACUUUGGUGAAGGACAGAUUCCUGAGGGAUUGAAUGAAAGCACAGUUCCUGAACUGAUAACACCUGUAGAAGGAGAUUGGGUGGUAUUGAACUCCACAAAGGCAUCAGAGUCAAGACUAGAGAGAAAUUUAAUUGCAACAUUUAUCUUGAUUGUGAAACACUUUAUUCAAAGACAUCCUAUUAACCAGGACAAUCUUAUUCACUCCCAUGGAGUUGCCAUUCUUGGUGCCUUACUUCAAAAGGUGCCAAGCACCUUGAUGGAUGUUAAUGUAUUGAUGGCAAUUCAGUUACUCAUUGAGCAGGUAUCAUUAGAGAAAAAUAUGCAGCUCCUGCAACAAAUGUAUCAGUAUUUACUCUUUGACUUCCGUAUUUGGAACCGUGGCGAUUUUCCCUUUCGAAUUGGUCACAUACAAUAUCUUUCCACCAUCAUCAAGGACAGCAGGAGAGUUUUCCGAAAGAAGUAUGGUGUACAGUUUCUCCUAGAUACACUUAGGAUUUAUUAUGGGAGUGAUUGUAAAUAUAGUGAGCUGUCUCUAGAUGAUAUUCGAACAAUAAGGACUUCUUUGUAUGGACUAAUUAAAUAUUUUCUGUGCAAAGGCGGAACUCAUGAAGAGAUACAAAGUAUUAUGGGUUAUAUAUCUGCUAUCAAUGAAGAAGAACAGCUUUUUGGAAUUUUGGACAUACUCUUCAGUCUCCUACGUACCAGCCCAACUAGAGGUCAACUUUUCUUACUGCUGUUUGAACCAGGAAAUGCUGACAUACUUUAUGCCCUGCUCUUAAAUCAGAAAUACUCUGACAGACUAAGAGAAAUCAUUUUUAAGGUUAUGGAACAGAUGUUGAAAUGCACGAACGUUUAUGAACGAAGUAAACAACGUAUUCGGCUUAGAGAAGUUGGCUACUCAGGAUUAGGUCUCCUUCUUAAUGAAGCACCUGUUAAUACUUCUCUCAUUAAAAGUCUCACCAAUCAAAUUAUAAAUACAGAUCCUGCUAUUAAUUUCAAAGAUCUGUUAUCUGUGGUAUAUAUAUCUCACAGAGCACGUAUAAAUGUCAGGGUGGUCAUCUGCAGAAAGAUUUUACAGAUUUUACAGUCCCAGCCAGAUGCAGCACAUCAAAUAUCUCAACAAGUGGGUUGGCAAGACACUUUAGUUAGGCUUUUUUUAAAAGCAAAUUUUGAAAAUGGAAAUACUCUUCAUAAGCACAGUAGGGCUGUUGUAAUGAAAGACAAUGAUAAAAAUAUAUCAGCUGAAGAUAUGAAGAGGAACUCUGAUGAAAAGACAGAUGAGGAAAAAAUCAGCUCUUUUGCCUCAGCUCAUGUGUCUUCAGAUCAUUGGAGUUUGGAGGAUAGACACUCCCUAGACUCAAACACACCAUUAUUUCAAGAAGAUAGCUUGAUGGGAGAAUUAUCUUUCAAAUCAGAGAAUCGAGGAGAAUUCUGGCAUAAUAACCCUUCACAUCUGAGUUUAGAUCUCAGUGGAAUUGAUUCAUGUGAACUGAGUGAUAGUGGAAGUCAAAUGCCAGACAGCUUGCCUAGCACGCCAUCCCCGAUAGAGUCCACUAAGUCAUUUUCUGUGCAGUCUGACAAAGAAAGCAGCAUCACAAAUGAUGUGGGCUUUAGUGAUGACUUCCCUUUACUUGAAAACCAAGAGAGAUGUGAGGAAGAGCUUAUUCAAUUACUGACAAAUAUUUUGAACUGUGUAAUGUGUAAGGGACUAGAAAAGUCUGAUGACGAUACUUGGAUUGAACGGGGACAAGUGUUUUCGGCACUAACUAAACCAGGAAUAUCCAGUGAGCUACUUCGACCAUCAGAUGAAAUAAAACUAAUUUUGCUACAGAAGAUGUUAGAAUGGGCAGUCACAGAAAACAGAGAAGCAAAAUUUAAUCCAGUAACUGCUGAAAAUGCUUUCCGACUCAUGCUGAUCAUACAGGACUUUCUGCAGUCAGAGGGACUAGUUAAUUCGAACAUGUGGACUGAGAAGCUUUUAGAGGAUAUGAUGCUGCUCUUCAACAGUCUGUCAGUCUGGUAUUCUGAAAGUCCUGUAUGGGUGAAACUCUCACAGAUUCAAAUCCAGAUGCUUCUAGGCUUCAUUGGAAGGGGUAAUUUGCAGGUUUGUGCAGUGGCAUCAGCUAAGCUAAACACCCUUCUUCAGACCAAGGUGAUUGAAAAUCAGGAUGAAGCAUGUUACAUUUUAGGGAAGCUGGAACAUGUUCUAAGUGAAUCAAUCAAGGAACAGACUGAAAUAUACUCAUUUCUGAUUCCGCUUGUCCGUACCCUGGUUUCCAAAAUUUAUGAGCUUCUCUUCAUGAACUUGCAUCUGCCUUCUUUACCUUUUACCAAUGGAAGCUCUUCAUUUUUCGAAGAUUUUCAAGAAUAUUGCAGUUCAAAUGAAUGGCAAGUUUACAUUGAAAAAUAUAUUGUACCUUAUAUGAAGCAGUAUGAAACCCAUGCAUUUUAUGAUGGUCAUGAGAGCAUGGCACUUUAUUGGAAGGAUUGUUAUGAAGCCUUAAUGGUGAAUAUGCAUAAACGAGACCGGGAAGGGGGAGAGAGCAAGCUCAAGUUUCAGGAGUUUUUUGUGGAGCCAUUUAAUCGAAAAGCACGCCAAGAGAACUUGAGGUAUAAUAAUAUGCUUAAACAACUUAGCAGUCCACAGUUAGCCACUCUGAGACGCUGGAAGGCAAUAAAGCUCUAUCUUACAUGUGAAAGGGGACCUUGGGCUGAAAGGAAACAAAAUCCACUUCACUGGAAACUAGCUAACGUAGAAAAUUAUUCCCGCAUGAGACUUAAAUUGGUGCCAAAUUAUAACUUCAAAACCCAUGAUGAAGCUAGUGCUUUGAGAGAUAAUCUAGGUAUCCAGCACUUGCAGCCUUCCAGUGAUUCACUGCUUUUGGAAGUAGUGAAACAAGUAAAAGUUAGUGAUAUGGAGGAGGAUAAAUUAGAUCUUCCUGAAGAGGAAAUAACAGCCAGAGUAAAUAUUAAUGAGAAAGAAGAACAGGAUCAAAAAGAAAAAUUGGUGUUGUUGGAAGACUGUGAACUCAUUACAAUAAUUGCCAUAAUUCCUGGCAGAUUAGAAAUCACUACUCAACACAUUUACUUCUAUGAUGGCAGCAUUGAAAAAGAGGACGGAGUAGGCUUUGAUUUCAAGUGGCCUCACUCUCAAGUUCGAGAGAUUCACCUACGACGGUACAACUUAAGGAGGUCAGCCCUUGAGAUUUUUCAUGUUGACCAAUCCAACUACUUUCUCAAUUUCAAAAAAGAGGUUAGGAACAAAGUAUAUAGCAGACUGUUGUCACUUCAUUCUCCAAAUAGUUAUGGAACCAGAUCACCACAGGAGUUAUUCAAAGCAUCAGGAUUGACACAGAAAUGGGUAAACAGAGAGAUAUCAAAUUUUGACUACCUCAUUCAAUUAAAUACAAUGGCAGGACGAACCUAUAAUGACCUUGCGCAGUAUCCUGUGUUCCCCUGGAUUUUACAAGAUUAUACUUCAGACGAGUUGGAUCUUAAUAACCCAUCUGUAUUUCGAGAUCUAUCCAAACCAAUUGGGGUAGUUAAUGAUAAAAAUGCCAAAGCCAUGCGAGAAAAAUAUGAAAAUUUUGAGGAUCCUAUGGGAACUAUUGAUAAAUUUCAUUAUGGUACUCACUAUUCAAAUUCUGCUGGGGUUAUGCACUAUCUUAUUCGUACAGAACCAUUCACCACCCUCCACAUCCAGCUUCAGAGUGGAAGGUUUGACUGUGCAGAUCGACAAUUCCAUUCCAUCCCUGCUACCUGGCAGGCUCUCAUGGACAAUCCAUAUGAUGUGAAGGAACUUAUUCCUGAAUUCUUCUAUUUCCCAGAAUUUUUGGAAAAUCAAAAUCAAUUUAACUUGGGUCGUCUACAAGUUUCCAGAGAACUAGUAAAUGAUGUUAUUCUCCCCAAAUGGGCUAAGUCAGCUGAAGAUUUCAUCUAUAAACAUAGGAAAGCUCUGGAGUCUGAAUAUGUUUCUGCUCAUCUUCAUGAAUGGAUAGAUCUGAUUUUUGGCUAUAAACAGAGGGGGCCAGCUGCAGUGGAGGCACUCAAUGUUUUCUAUUACUGUAGUUAUGAAGGAGCUGUGGAUCUGGAUGCCUUAACAGAUGAGAAGGAAAGAAAAGCCUUAGAAGGGAUGAUUAACAAUUUUGGGCAAACACCUUGUCAACUAUUAAAGGAACCACACCCUUCUAGAUUAUCAGCAGAGGAAGCAGUGCAGAAGCAAACCAAAACAGACACUUCAACCUUUAACUUAUUUCAGUACCUCCCUGAACUCAAGUCAUUUUUUAUAGAGGGAAUUAGUGAUGGUAUUCCACUAAUAAAGGCCAUUGUCCCCAAAAAUCAGUCUCGUUCUUUUAUUUCACAAGGCAGUCCUGAGUUACUGAUAACAGUAAGCAUGAAUUACGUUAUUGGAACCCAUGGAUGGCUGCCUUAUGACAGAAACAUUUCUAAUUACUUUACAUUCAUCAGGGAUCAAACUGUGACAAAUCCAAAAACUCAGCGUAGUAUGAAUGGACCUUUUGCUCCAGGGCUGGAGAUCACUUCUAAGCUAUUUAUAGUAUCACAUGAUGCAAAGUUGCUUUUUAGUGCUGGACACUGGGAUAAUAGCAUUCAAGUGAUGUCACUUACAAAAGGCAAAAUUGUUUCACACAAUAUCAGACAUAUGGAUAUUGUGACUUGUUUGGCUACAGAUUACUGUGGAAUACAUUUGAUUUCUGGUUCCAGAGAUACUACAUGUAUGGUAUGGCAGAUAACCCAACAGGGAGGUGUUCCUGUGGGCCUAGCAUCUAAACCGUUUCAGAUUCUGUACGGACACACUGAUGAGGUAUUGAGUGUUGGCAUCAGCACUGAGCUAGACAUGGCAGUGUCAGGAUCAAGGGAUGGCACUGUGAUUAUACAUACCAUUCAGAAAGGUCAGUAUAUGCGGACUUUACGACCACCUUGUGAGAGUUCUCUGCUCUUGACCAUUCCCAAUUUGGCUAUAUCUUGGGAAGGACAUAUUGUCAUCUACUCCAGCAUUGAAGAAAGUACCACCCUCAAGGAUAAGAAUGCAUUGCAUUUGUUUUCUGUAAAUGGCAAGUAUCUACGGUCUCAAGUCCUGAAGGAACAAGUAUCAGAUAUAUGUGUAAUUGGAGAGCACAUUGUCACAGGCAGCUUACAAGGAUUCCUGUCCAUAAGAGAUCUCCACAGUUUGAAUCUCAGCAUCAACCCAUUAGCCAUGCGAUCGCCUAUCCACUGUGUUUAUGUAACCAAAGAAUAUAGCCAUAUUCUUGUAGGAUUAGAAGAUGGCAAAUUGAUUGUCGUGGGUGUUGGCAAGCCAGCUGAGAUGCGCUCAGGUCAACUUUCUCGAAAAUUGUGGGGAUCUAGCAAGCGGCUCAGCCAGAUUUCAGCUGGAGAGACUGAAUAUAAUCCUCAAGAUUCCAAGUGAUUGUUAUUUCUGCCGUCUGUCAUGGAUAACUGAAAUUUGAUUUAUUGCUUUGUCACUUUAAUCUGUGACAGAUUAAAUGUGAUAUUAAAUCACUUUAAUGUCACAUCUCUCAACUAUCUUAAAUGUUUCAGGGCUGUUAUCCCUGAAAAUCAUUUAGGGAUUACCAAAAUUUGGUAUCGUAUGUGUAUAAAGUCAUAGGUUAUAUUAUUAUUAUCCACUAAAAAAAUUUCUGGUUAACAUCACUGAAUCUAUCUUAUUAACUAAUUCUUGGUCUACACUAAGAUGAAUUUGAGAAAAUACAUUUGAUUAGAUUUAGUAGUUUAUUUCUAAAGAUCAUUAGAUCCAUUUAAAAAAAUAAACUUCUAAAAAUAAAGAAGCUAAAUUCAAUUUGCUUAUUCUAAACAGCAAAAGUUGAGGUAUUUCUAAUAAAAGAGUAGCAAUAAUGGGACAGUUGAGAGAUAUGGCUUUUAAUACAUUCUUUAGUUAAUCAUUCUCCUAUUUACUAAAUAAAUCAUCCUAAAUACAUCAAUUUUAUUAUGGAACUUCUGAUUGGAGGUAAUAUUUUAAAAGCAUCUGUUGCAUACUUGGAUUUUUAAAACUCAGUGUAAAUUACAGGUUUUCAUGAUAAGUUGAAAACAAGACUUUUGAAACUGGUACAUUGGCUCAUCCCACUACUACUUAGCAUAGUACUAAUGAGAAUUUAUUGCAAUGUAUUAUUAUUAUCCUUAAAUAAUAAAUGUUGAGUAGGAGUAAGAGAAACUAGAGACACAUUUUGUGGAUAUAUUUCAUUAGUAGUAAGAGUUAAGGAAAAAUGCUCAUUAUGAUUUUGACAGCUGGGUCCUUUAAGUAGCAUCUGCAGCUCAAUUUAUAUGUGCAAAGUACAAAAUUUCUUGGCUUUUUCUUUAUUAAACACUGUGUUUUCCCCCAAUAAUUAUUGGAGUUGGCAAUGAUACCCAACAUUUUUACUUAUUUCAUAUGAUUGAUGAAUGAACCAAAAAGAUAUGCAUAACUUAAACUAGUCAUUUGGAUAUAGUAAUUUUUUAAAAUACACGUUUCUAUUUCAUGUUAUGUAUAACUUUCAGGAUUAAAAUUAAUUUUAUUAUACAUAGCUAGAUGUUACAUUAUGCUUUUAAACUAAAAGGCUGAUAGAUUUAAUUCAAAGAGAUUGUUAAACUUUGUACUUUUAUAAGGUCAUAUUUUGAGUUAGAAAGUUUUUAUAACUACGAGUGUCCUUAAUCCGAGAUUCCACAGGUUGGGGGGAAUUUAUGAAUCCCUUAAAAUUGUGUGGAAAUUCUGUAUGUUAGCUGCAUUUUUUUUUUCUUCAGGAAUGAAUGGUUGGGUGGCUUUAUUAAAAGGGUCUGCGAUUGGGGGAAAAAAGACUUUUUACAAUACCUUUUAAAAAUAAUAAUAUUCUUUUUUCUACAAAUUAUAGAUUUCCUUAUAUCCAAUUGUCUUCUCUUGAAUCUUGAGAAAUUCUUCCUUUGUAGUCCUCUCCUGUUGCCCACGGUAUCUAAUACCCUUUUCUUUAUAAUCGUAUGAGUGAGUACAAAAUUUACGAGAAGUAAAGGAUUUUGUUUAGGGAAACUUUUUGAUAGAUUUGAUUGGCUUGUAUUAGGACUUGUAAAAAGUUAUAGAAGAAUUUUCUUUCCAGUUAUUUAAAAUUCUCUGUUUUAUUCAGUAAAAAUACGUUAUGUUUUAGAUGAAUCACACUGAAAUAAACUGAUACAGCAAGUGUAAAGUAGAACAUAUGCAAAUGUGAAGGUUUCCUUUUUGAGGACUUCAGUAACUAGUGGUGAAAAUGUCUCAAAACAAGUCAAUAGAGAUAAUUAUCAUAUAUUAAGAUUUAUUUCUUCUGUUUUUUCAUUCUAUUUUCAUUUUUUAUCUUAUAUAUUUUAGGAAGUUUCAAGUCAAGAGAAACAAAAUGAUGGGGUUUUCGUAUUUUAAAUUUGAUUUUUAAAAAACUGUUUCUAAAUCAAAACUUUGGAAAUGUUUCUUUUGCCUAUUUAUCUAGAGAUUUUGGUAUAAGGAUGUUUAUUUUUAAGGUCACUUAAUAUUGGUUUUGGAAGUUAUUUUGGAUGAUUAUAAGUUACAAAAAAAUUUAACUUAGAUUAUUAGGGGAAAAUUCCUAAAUUUUUGGUAUUUUACUUUGCUACUGUUUAGAUGGAGGAGCUAAACAAGCAGCAUUUAUUUUAUAGCACAAAUAUGAAGAAGCUUUUUUCACAGUAGAUACCCUACCUAGAGUAAUAGUAGAUGUUCAGAGCAGUGGGAUUAACCCUUAUAUAAUAUUUUCCAAAAAGUGAAAACCAAAAAUGUAAAAUUUUGAGGAAAAUCUUUGAGAAUAUUAGCAAUAGUCUAGAAGAAUGGAACUUAAAGUUUAUUAAAUAAGCAAAUAUAGUAGUAGCAUUGGCUGAAUAAUUCCUCUUUUGAACAGUUUAGACCACUGAUUAAAAGUCACUAGAUAAGAAUCACUGUGAAGAUAUACCUUGAGGGAUUAUGGUGUAUUUACAUGUUACCCAUAGAAAUUAUUUCUGUAUUGUAUAAUGGGAGAAAUGAACAGUAUCAUUAGAGUGCAGUAACAGGUGGACAUUUCAGAUGAUGAAUAUAAUAUCUCAGCUGUUAUAUGAAGUGUGUUGUCUUUGAAGAACUUUUCAUCUGCUUUUGUUUCUUGACACUCGUGAUAGAAAUAAAAAUGUCAGCAUCCUGAUGAUGUGCAGCAAUUUAUACUAAGGAAAUGAUUUUUUUUAGAAAGUGAGGUCAAGUAUUAAAACAUACAAUAGAGGUACUCAUUUAGAGAAUAAAGAAACUUUAUAAGAUUUUUUUUUCAACUCUUCCCAAUCAGUAUUCUGUCAUUACUUAGAUAAAAUUGGAGGAGAGAAGAAAAAAUAGAGUUGGGCAUGAAUGAAGCUUGGCCAGUUGUUUAAAAUCAUAUAAGCCUGUGAAGCUCAUGUCAUCUAUGAAUCAUUUCUAUUCGUUUCCUUUAGGUCGCAGUGCUUUUUCAGGUCACAUCCUUUUGUAGGAGAGAAAAUGCCAAUUAUUCAUUUGUCAUUAACUAGGCUUCCUUCUUUCUCUAUGUAAGGCUUCCUUCUUUCUCUAUGUAAGGCAUAUAAAAAUUAUCCUUCAAGAACUAGUACUGAAAAUCAGUUUAAUGCUUCUGAAGGAAUAAGUGUACCCUCAUAAUUAAUUAGAAUUUAGAUUUGAAAGUUAAAUCCUUACCGAAGAUUUUUUGUAUUUUGCUUUAAUAGGAGUAAGCAGAGGAAAUUGUUAACUUAAUACCCUAUUUUUAUUUAAUGAUGACACAUGACACAUGGCCUUUGCCUUUAAGUAUAUUUUAUAUUGCUACUAAAGAAAUCACUAAUGGAAAUCUUUUAAUUGAAUUUAAAGAGGUUAGCUCCUUUUAUAUAUUUAUAUUUAUAAAGUGAAUAGCAUUGUCUUUAUCACCUUUCCAAUGAAAAGAUGCAAGUGCAUGGACUAUAUAUAAAUAUUAUAUAAAUAUUAAAUAAUAUUAUAUAAUAUGUAAUGUCCUGUGGGGGUGUAUAUAUAUGAAGGUUGGUCUCUUAAAAUACAUCAUUAAAUAUGUAAACCAUAAAUAAGUUCUUAAACCUGUCUUUAGGAUAUAGUUUUUGACUGAUAUAAGAAAUGAAAUGCAUUUUUUUUUCUCUAAAUCUAAUCUGUUGUUUUCCUUUAUUAGGCAGACUCAUAGCUUGUCCUAAUUACUGUUUCUCUCAUCAACUAAAACUGUUCUUUCCCAGUAAGUGACCAGCCUUGAACAUUUUUAUCACUUUAAACAAAUACUGUUCUCAGUAUUCUUUUUGCCUAAUUCAUUUAUCAUACGUACAUUUGAUUUGCUUUAAACUUGAUCAUCCAGAACAUUGUUAUAGAGAGUUUUCCUAUAUCAGAGCCCUUGUUGUGUUUUUUCUGAUGACAUUAGGCAACAAUAUAGUGUUAUCAGUCAUCAUUGGCCACAACUUUACUUCUUUAAUUUGAAUCUAGCAUUUUCAAGGCCAUUGUUUCUUAACUGAGAUUGUAGAUCAGACUUCUCUGUGAAGCUUUAUAAAUAUACAGAAGUUUAAGCGCUACUCUGGAUACUCUGAAUCUCUUUACUUGAUAUUCUUGGUAUAAAAAAUUGUCUCAGGGUUAUUAUAUUAAAUCUUAAAAUAUUUUCUACUAUAGAAAUUAUAUCCAUUCAUUUUUAUAAAUCAGAUCCGAUAUUCACAGGCUUAUUUGAAAAUAGGUUUAAUCAUUAUCCUUGAAGACAUUUUUUCUAAAAUUUGUUUGGAAUGGCUUUCUUAUCUUUGUUUUGCAUGCCGUGGAAACAACCAAAUUUCCUUUUCAGUUUGCAUUAUUCUUAUCAUAAACUCUCUUCAGACCUUUCACAUUUGAAAAUUAUAAAUAAAAUUUGCCUCCAAAAAAGUGUUUGCUUGUAUUAGUUCCUAGUGGCUAUCAGUGAAUAUUUUGCGUAUCUGAGUUAGGUAACAUUUUAAACUAUUAAUAAAAAACAUGAGUAACAAAAUGCUAGAUUUAAAACGUACACUUAGAUCUCUUACAGCGUUGAAGCUAGUAAUCAGUAGUUUUCCUAAUUAAAAAGCAUUGGAUAAAUUCCCUAAGCACUUCUGAGGACUUUUGUAGGUAUAGCCUCUGUAUGGAAAUACUCUUUAAAUUUUCAUAUGGAAAGUCUUAGUGUUACAAAAAAAUAAAGCAUUAACAUUUAAGAUAUUUAGGCCUGUACUGGAAAUGAUUCAAAUUUUCUACAUUAAAAAUGUAAGGUCAUCUUAGAUUAUAGGAGUCAUGCUUUUCUUCAGUAUAAGAAGCUUGUGUAAAAGUGGCUGUCUUAUCAGGUACUUUUCUGAUACAUUGUAGUAAUUUAUCAGAUACAUCUUCUUAGAUUAUCUCACUGACAUUUGUCACAUGUGGGUGAUUUCUAAACACAUUGUAGGAUUUGGACCUAUGAAGCUAAUGGCUUUAGUGAAAAAUAAAAGGACAGAGAUAAAAUUGUAUUUACUUUUGUCUUCAUGCCUUUAAUCUUAUAACUGAAAAUUCAGAGGAAAAGAACAAGUAGAAAUUCACUAAUUCAACAUUUGUUUUCUGUGGUUUAGUUUUAAUAUGUUUCCUUGGAAACUUAUUUUGCAAAUAUUACCACAAUAAUAAUAACACCACAAUAUUGUCUCUGAAUUGAAAAAGUUACCCAUUCAUUUUCAAAGUUGACUGCCAGUGGACUUUUGGAUGUUUGUGUGUGUGUGUGUUUUCACUUAUAAUAUGAUGGCUGUCUCAUUAUUUAAAAUUUAUAACUAUUUUUGAGUGUACAAACUGAUUAGCUAUUUAUAAUACUAUUAUAAUAUUGCAUUGUAAUUUGAGAAUAAGAAAACAAGUUAGGAUUUAGGUGGGAUUGAAAAAUAAAAUUAUAUUUUAUUGAUUAAAAUAUAAACUUUUAAAAAAGAAGUCUUAUUCCAAUUGGACCUUUUAAAAUUUUAUUUUUCUAAUAAUAUAUUGCAACUUAAUGUGUAUAAAACUAGAGUUUCUCUGGUAGCCAGUGUACUAAAUAAAUAGUUACUGUUAAAAUGCUAUUUUUGUUGUUCCUUAUCUUGGAAACAUUUCCCCACAAUAUCUAAGCAAUGUGUUUUAAGAUUUAUUGGGCUCAACCUACAAAUUCAACAAAUACUCCUUUUGCAUUUUGGAGGAAAAAACUUAACUAUGAUAUACAUAUUUUGCUCUUCAGAAUGCUAAAAUUAUAUUAAUCAAUAAACACUUUAGAAAGUAGUUCUGGUAAGGAGACAUCAGUUGUUGGACUUAAGUGAAAAAAUUUCAACCUCUUAGUUUCUUAUAUAGGGAUUAAAGAGAAUAACUUUAUUCCUUUGGGAUUUUAACUGGUUUUCUUGGAUAUUUUUCAAAGCAUUUAAUUAUAAUAGUUUCUACAUUUCUUCCAAAAUUAUGGCAUAUUACAGUACAUCUUACUGUUAAAGAUCUUUUAUAUUUUUGACUUUUUUUUCCUAUUAUGCUUUUUACUGCUGUCUCCGAUUCAUAAAUACCAUCACCAAAAAUUUUUUGUGGCUACUGUUUAUUUUAUAGUUAGCUUUAACCAUAUGGCUGGUCUUUUCUCUUCAGGAAUUCCUAACGGGUAUGGCUUUCUUUCCCCCAACUGUUUGCUUUUAUAGACUUAGAGCAAAAAAAUUAGCAAAAAAUAAUGAGAGAUCUAGCCAGUCAUUUUCUAUCAGAUGCAUUGCUAUAGAAGUGAAUUCAUUAAGACUGAAAAAUAUUGAACACAUAUGAUUUGUCUCUUACGUCAGUUUUUCUGGGACCCAGAUUAAAUAGGAGCAUUUCAGUGUUAUCAUAGAAGUGACAGUGACUUGAAUGCACACACACACACACACACACACACACACACACACACACACACACAGUCAGUUCAGAGGAGGAUAGAUGAAAAUUUGGAAUUGUUUAAAAAAAAUACUUGCAAAUCGUGCUGCUACUUAAAUAUUUAAGGAAUUCAAAAAGUUAUGUAGUUAUCGUAAAGUGUUCCUUGUCGUUUGUUCUACUGGAAUUGACCAUGAAGAAGAAUAUUAAGCCUUAUUUAUAUCCAAUUAUUGACUGUGCAAACUGUGACUCAAUGGAUAUUUGUAUGCCAAAAAAAAAAAGUUUUUAAAGUUGAGAAAGUUUUAGACUUAAUAAAGAUGUAUAAAUAAUUUUGAUUAGUAUUCUCAUUAUAAUGAAGCUACUGUUAAUUUGGUGCAAUACAUUCUUCCCUUUCUCAUCCUUUUAAAAUUAAAUAUAUAAGAUGUAUGUUUUGUUUUGUUACAUUGAAUUUUGUUUAAAAAUUUUUCAGCGUGUGUAUAUGAACUAAUGUUUGAUUUGUUUCUGUAUAGCAUGAAUGAAGAUAAUUAAAAAUUUUGCACAUUUUUUAGUCCUUUGGAAAUUUGUAUUCUAACAGUUUGUAAGAAUAUGCAUUUAUUUUGUACAUAAUAAAUUUAGCUUUGU